CGUGACACCUGAAGGUCCAAACCCCCAGCUCAGUGUGCUGAGACUCACACACCACUCCUCCUGCUGUCUCCGCCAUGGCAGUCCAGCAUGGAAACACUAGCUUUGCCCCCAACUUCAAUCCGGCUCAAGACUCCACCUCCCCCCUCCCCUUCAACUUCAGCUACGGUGAUUAUGACCUCCCUCUGGAUGAGGAUGAGGACAUGACCAAGACCCGGACCUUCUUUGCUGCCAAGAUCGUCAUCGGGGUGGCACUGGUGGGCAUCAUGCUGGUCUGUGGCGUGGGCAACUUCGUCUUUAUCGCUGCCCUCGCCCGCUAUAAGAAGCUGCGCAACCUCACCAACCUGCUCAUCGCCAACCUGGCCAUCUCCGACUUCCUGGUGGCCAUCAUCUGCUGCCCCUUCGAGAUGGACUACUACGUGGUGCGCCAGCUGUCCUGGGAGCACGGCCACGUGCUCUGUGCCUCCGUCAACUACCUGCGGACCGUCUCUCUGUACGUCUCCACCAACGCCCUACUGGCCAUAGCUAUCGACAGAUAUCUCGCCAUCGUGCACCCCUUGAAGCCACGGAUGAACUAUCAAACGGCCUCCUUCCUGAUCGCUUUGGUCUGGGUGGUGUCCAUCCUCAUCGCCAUCCCGUCGGCCUACUUCACCACGGAGACGGUCCUGUUCAUCGUCAAAAGCCAGGAGAAGAUCUUCUGCGGCCAGAUCUGGCCGGUGGACCAGCAGCUCUACUACAAGUCGUACUUCCUGUUCAUCUUCGGCGUGGAGUUUGUGGGCCCCGUGGUGACCAUGGCCCUGUGCUACGCCCGCGUCUCCCGCGAGCUGUGGUUCAAGGCGGUGCCGGGCUUCCAGACGGAGCAGAUCCGGAAGCGGCUGCGCUGCCGCCGGAAGACGGUGCUGGUGCUCGUGUGCGUCCUCACGGCGUACGUGCUGUGCUGGGCGCCCUUCUACGGCUUCACCAUCGUGCGCGACUUCUUCCCAGCCGUGUUCGUCAAGGAGAAGCACUACCUCACGGCCUUCUACGUGGUCGAGUGCAUCGCCAUGAGCAACAGCAUGAUCAACACCGUGUGCUUCGUGACGGUCAAGAACAACACCAUGAAGUACUUCAAGAAGAUGAUGCUGCUGCACUGGCGGCCCUCGCACCACGGGAGCAAGUCCAGUGCCGACCUGGACCUCAAAACCAGUGGCGUGCCCGCCACCGAAGAGGUGGACUGUAUCAGGCUGAAGUAGCCCGCGGGUGGAAGGCCCGACAGCCGGAACUCCGCACGUCAUCCCCUGGGAGCCAGGUUCACAACGACUAUGUACCACACCUCACGGCCCUCAAGGGGCUGGAGGCCGCUCAGUCCUGACGGGCGGUGGGACUCGAGGCGGGUAACCGCAGCUGAGGUGAACUGACCACCCACUGUGUGCUGGCCGC